AUGGCUAUAUUACAAAAUGUUAUAUACACAGACGACACAUACCAGGAACCAAUGUUGUUUCCUGGUAUAGACUUUGGAUCAGGUUGGACUGCCGUGGGACGCUUUGUUACCAUAAACAAGGAAAGGGCGAGUUCAUUGGGUGUGUCUCGAUACACGAAACUUGUCGCUGGUACAAACACUGUCGCCCUCGGUAAAACGGCUUCACAGAGCAGCAACUACAAUGAUCCCAUAUGGCUCGCCCCAACGGCGGUUGAUGGUAAUGUCGGGAACAACGCUAUGGCUAGCGGUUCGUGUUUUCACACGACUAAAGAGUACCAACCGUGGUGGAGGGUGGACCUACAUCAAGACUUCUAUAUCACUAGUGUCGUUGUUUAUAACCGACUGGACCGCUGCUGUGCUGAACGGGCAAGGAACAUUAAACUUACAAUCGGUAAAAAAUUGGGCUCGAUGAGUCAGGCUGGAUACCUAGAUGGCGGGUUGACCACUCAUACGUUCACCGUUGACCCACCAUUGGUAGGACGUUUCGUGCUAUUGCAGCUAAAUGGGAUAACGGAGUUUCUCCAUCAAUGUGAAGUAGAAGUCAUGGCAUAUCCCUCAGGUACUUACAAUGUUGCCCUCGGUAAAACUGCUUCACAGAGCAGCAACUACAGAAAAUCUCGAGAUCUCGCCCCAACGGCGGUUGAUGGUGAUGUCGGGAAUAACGAUAUGGCUAGCGGUUCUUGUUUUCACACGAAGACAGAGUACCAGCCGUGGUGGAGGGUGGACCUACAUCAAGACUUCUAUAUCACUAGUGUCAUUGUAUAUAACCGACUGGACCACAACCAAGCUAAACGGGCAAGGAACAUUAAACUGACAAUCGGUAAAAGUUUGGACUUUAUGAGUGAGGCUGGAUACCUAUAUGGCGGGUUUACCACUACUCAUACGUUCACCGUUGAUCCAUCAUUGGUAGGACGUUUCGUGCAAUUGCAGCUGAAAGGGAUAACGGAGUGUUUCCAUCUAUGUGAGAUUGAAGUCAUGGCAUAUAGUUGUAGACGUACAGGUGAAUCGAGUUUCACCGUUCAGACAAAUGAUCUGUUGCACUACAGGGAGUUCGGCCCUAGAGUCUCCGAACCGUACACCGAAUUAGGUAAUGAACGGCAAUGGUGA